GCGAAGUGAAUCGGUCAGACAACAGAGGGCGCACUGUGACCCCAUCACGCCCUGUACGCUGCCAACCAUAAGAUCAGUGGAUCGAUGCCCACUUGCAUUUCCGCGUUGCGAAAAACCGAGAAAAAUCCCAUUUUAAGCCCUGGUGGUAGCAGUAAUUCUCGUGCCCGACCAACUCUGGGAGGUUCGCCAUGCAGGCCAUCAAGUGUGUUGUGGUUGGAGAUGGGGCCGUCGGUAAGACAUGUCUACUGAUCAGCUACACAACGAAUGCUUUCCCCGGGGAGUACAUCCCCACAGUGUUUGACAACUACUCUGCCAAUGUGAUGGUGGACGGCAAGCCAAUUAACUUAGGAUUGUGGGAUACGGCGGGACAGGAAGACUACGACAGACUUCGGCCACUUUCGUAUCCACAGACAGAUGUCUUCCUUAUCUGCUUCUCCCUGAUGAGCCCCGCCUCCUUUGAGAACGUCCGGGCAAAGUGGAACCCCGAGGUCACCCACCACUGCCCCAACACGCCCAUCAUCCUGGUGGGCACCAAGCUGGACCUGCGGGAUGACAAAGAGGCCAUCGAGAAGCUGAAGGAGAAGCGGCUGUCCCCAAUCACCUACACCCAGGGGCUACAAAUGUGCAAGGAGAUCAACGCGGUCAAGUUCUUGGAGUGCUCCGCCCUGACGCAAAAGGGACUGAAGACGGUGUUUGACGAGGCCAUCCGAGCCGUGCUGUGCCCUCCCAAGCAGGUCAAAAAGAAGAAAGGCUGCAACCUAUUGUAACUCAGCCUGCUUUCCUCGCUCGCUUUUUUUUUUAACCAAUUUGCCCCGCUUGUCUUACAAAAACCCCCAAACAAGACGGCAAGAAGCGCGGUCAGGUGGGUUGGUUGAGACGGGGCUAUCAUUUUUUGUAAUACGGGGCUACAGUCAUUAACAUUUGGAAAUUCGGAUCGCGGUGGACUUACAGCUUCAGAGAUUGCAUUUUUGAUGCUGUUUUAAUUUGGCGUGUGUCACAGAUUGUCUCCGUUGGAUUAGCUGGGACAGCAGUGAAGCCGUCUUUCUAAACCGAUCACUCUCGUAAUGUUGAUAUUUGGUAGGCUUUUCUUUUUCUAGAUAUGAAAGUAAUGUUUAGUCCCCCAGGGUCAGUAAUGGCAGAAUUCUUGUACUCACUGGUUGGAAUUCGGCAGACUGGAACUUGUCAAAACUCAGCUCCAUCACCAUUAGACAUUGGUUUUUAUAGUGGCCCUUAGAAAGGAAAGUGCAAGAUGUCAUUUGUCUCUUGGGAUGAAUAAAGACAAUCUAAGUCUAAACAUAUUCAGGAUGUAUGUCGCAUCCACACAAUAUACAUGUAUAUCUUGCAUUCUACAUUACCAUGAGUGCAGCGUGUAUGUUGCAUCCAUUAUGUACUGCAUUCAUAGCAACAGAUGCGAUCCUUCCAUAGCAACAGACAUUCUGCACGCAUUGUAACAAGUGAGUUGCAUUCACUGUAAACGGAUUUUGCAUCCAUUGCAGCCGACACAAGUUCCGUAGAUCCGUCGCAAGAGAUGACGGGCCCCUGUUGUAACAGACAUUGCAGUGGAUGUGUUGCAGCCGUGCACAGCCAUGUCGUGUUAGAAUCUAGCUUUAUUCUUGCAGCGAGUGUUCGCAUAUUGCAUUGGCGCUCUCACCGUGAUAAUGAACAUUUCUGUUUUGUUUUUCCAAUUCACAGUGUACUUCUUUUUUUUUUAACCAACCCAUCAAAACACCCUAUCCGAUCCCAAGAAAGCAACAGAAGUUGCAUUUCAGUGUAUGAGAGCGAUCCCACAUAAUGGACAGCCCUGUUCGGCAUAGAUAUUGCAUGCGCAUGGAUGCUGGCCUGUUUUUACGUCAACUUGGACUGAAAUUCUUUGACAGUCAGUAGCACUUGACUUCUGUCAAAUACAACCCAGAGUGGCGCGUUUGUUCUCUGGAUGGAUACUUUCUCUACCUCUACAGUGGGAAAUGUUAACUUUAGUUCUAUCGUUUCAAACGGUUCAAAGCGGACGGACUUUCUGUAAGUGUACGGACCAAACAUUUUUGAGCUUUCAAAAAAAAAUCACUUCUUUGGCAUAAAUUCAGCAGUAAAAAAACUAAUAUAGUUUAGAAUUCACAGAGCACAUAAGUACGGCAGUGUGUCAGUUCCCAUAAACAGUUCUGUCAACAUACACAGUAAUGUCUUUCUGUGAAUUUUCUGCAUGUAGUAACGAGCAGUAACCAAUUGUUUUUCAUUGGCAAUUCAUAUUCUGUGGUUGUGAUGAAUCUGACUGGUCCUUCCAGCCGCAGAUUUUUUCUUUAAAGACUUUGUGGCAAAACAUCAGCAACAGAUGGAGUCUCCGAAUUGCUCCUAUAAUCAAUUGAGGAAGAUCCUUCCAGGAUGAAGAAAUUCUUAUAAUGCACUGAAAAACCAUCUUUUGAUUUUUGAGAUAUUACAAGAUGUUUGGUUUUUAAGCAGGGAAAAAUUAAUUGUUUGAAUCUUUUGUAGGGUGUUCUGAGCGAAAUGUACAACAGAAAUUCCACAGAGAUGACUUAGUUAUUACUUUGUAGGUAAAAAUUAUUACGUUGUAUGAAAAUUAUACUUGUAAUAAGAAGUUAUAAUAAGAAUCUGAGAUUUUUAGGGGGGAUUUGGUUUCUCCUUCUUGUGUUUUUGUGGCUUGCAAUUGCUGUUGGGUGUUUAGACUUUUUGGGGAUGAAAAUCGAAGUUCAGCAUACCAUUUGUAUGUUUUGAUAUCUCAUGCGUAUAUUUAUCACAGUUCAAUAUGGAAAUAAUUAUAGAUCUUUGUAAUCAUAGCUUAAACGAUGGAUACGCUCUCUUCUGUACAUAUUGUGCUAGAGGUAUGGUUAGCCGUUUUUACACCGUUUAUUGUAGGCUUUGUACAAAAAAACAAAGAAUUACCAAUAAAAAGUAAUGAAAUCUGCAGGUGAACAAGGCUUGGGGCAUAUUUGACGUUAGACGUUUGUAAUUUUUCCGUGAGAAAUUGAAAUGAUUUUGAGGAGGGUCUUGUGAAUGAAAUGAUGAAAAGUAAUUCCUAAAACCUUGCCCUGGUAACAUUUGGUUGAUCCUUUGUUUGAGCCUUGCUCUAACAAAACGAGGGUUAAGUUGAAGACUACUUUUCGUGUGAGUAUAACUGUGGAAAAGAAAUUCGUCUGUUGAGUAGGUUAGUUUCUCAUCUCAGUGGAACAAAUAAGGAUUUGGUAAAGAUGUGCCGAUUCUUCACAUCUGUAUUUUAUAAAUAUUAGUCAUUAAAUUAAAAAGGCACAGAAAAGUUCUGGGGUCAUGGCCAGGGAACAUUAAAAAAAAAUCAACCAACAACUACCUGACCAGGAAUGUUUCUGAAAAUAAGGUCUUAGACAACAUUUCAAAUUAAUAUACAGAAAAAAA